AUGGGCAACAUUGUUCUGGAACUACACUCAAUCGAGAAGAAAGCCACCGGCCAUAUCCCUAGCAGAAAUAUCUCUAUUUUCACGACCGCUUGUUUUCUUACCCCCCAGAUACAAAACAACCCUCCUGCCGUGGAAGGCACCCUUAAGAAAGCUGAAAAAGUAUUAAUUUCUCCCGUCGCAAUUCUGCAAAAGGGAAAAAGUUUGGGUUUCGCCUGUCAGCGAUAUCCACGGCCAGAUUGUUAUUUGGAUGUUAUACGGGCGCACAAAGCGAUCGCAGUCAAUGGAAACGUUGUUAAUAUUACGUUUUGCUUUGUUUCAGGACAGUUAGAUAAUUCCAAAGAUUUUUCCGUACAAGAUGGGUUAGGCGGUUUCAAUAAAAAGAAGAAGAAGAAACGACGUCAUAGCAGGACGAUUUUCACGAGCUAUCAGUUGGAGGAACUUGAAAAAGCCUUCAAGGACGCCCACUACCCCGACGUCUACGCCAGAGAGAUGCUCAGCCUAAAGACGGACCUGCCGGAAGAUAGGAUACAGGUUUGGUUCCAGAAUCGACGCGCCAAGUGGCGUAAAACGGAAAAAUGUUGGGGCAGGAGUACCAUCAUGGCGGAGUACGGCCUGUACGGAGCCAUGGUGCGCCACUCAUUACCGCUGCCCGAAACCAUCUUGAAGAGCGCCAAGGAGAACGAGUGCGUGGCGCCCUGGCUUCUAGGUAUGCACCGCAAAUCCCUGGAGGCCGCGGAGCACCUCAAAGAGUCCGGAGACAACACCUCCAGCGACCACGAGGAAACCACUUCGAUGAGGACCGACACCAGCGAUACCAGCGCCACCUCCAGUCACCAAUCGACCCAACCAACCACCGCCGCCACUCUGGACAGUAAGGAACAGUUGAGCCUCGGUGGCGCCCAACAGCAACCGACGCAAAAUCCCUACACGGACGAUCCGGAGGCCUUCCGGAACAACUCGAUAGCGUGUUUGAGGGCGAAAGCUCAAGAACACAGCGCCAAACUACUGACCCACAACCUCAUGGUGCACGGAGGUGGGGGAAGACCCGACGGGGGAAGUUGCGACGCAAACGCGAACACUUUGCACCAUCCGGACGCGGCCAGUGGCGGAGAGCAAAUCGUAAUCGGGUAUGAUUCGCGGCUGUGUGUCGUCAGAGUACAGCUGAAUGACUUCACGCUGGUUUCGAGUCACGUAUUUCUAACGUGA